AUGGCCCUGGCAAACAACCCCCGGGCACUCCUAGUCCUGGCUUAUUUCUUCGCGCUUGCAAGCCGACUCAAGAGUGUCUGGUGGCUAGGUGACGUGCCCGAACGUGGCCUCAGGAAGACUUUUACAGCUCUGCCGAAGGAAUGGAAGACGUUGAUGUGUAAGCCAUUCGAUAUUGCUGGUAUGCCGUUGGACGAGCCGGCUAAUGUGGCGUCGCCCAUGGCCUGA